CUGCUGGGCAUCCACCUGCCGUCCGGCGAGCGCUACCUCAUCAAUGGCGGCACCAAGUUGCUCGACGGACGGGGGCCGACGGAGGGGCCCGCGGUGUCCGUCGGGCUGUGCGGCCGGUCCUCGUGCUGCGUCCUCAGGAUAAACGGCUUCUACAACGGCCACGCGGGCAAGGCGGACGCCAUCCUCAUCGAGCACAACAACCUGCUCUCGAACGGCUCCUCGAGACUCGUGCAAAAGGAUCCAGACCCCCGGAAGCUGCCCUUAUGGCUCGUUGAAGGCUCUGAUAACGACUACAUGGUCAUGUACGUGGCCAACAACAACCAGGCGAUGACGGUCACCCUGGCAGACACCCCUUGCCAAAAGAAAUACCGCGACCUGACAGUGCAGUGCCGUCCAGAUGAGACUCAGCUCUUCGUCCAGUCCACGGGGGUGGGCUAUGCCCUCAUAAAUCUUGGUGCUGGGAGGAAAGAGUGGCUGUGGGGACCGACGCUGUCUGCCGGUGACCAGGUGACCCUGAAGAUGCGCGUGGCCUCCUCCAGGUACACCUCCUCGCUGUACGUGGGCCUGUGCUGGUGGCACGAGUGCGCCACCGUGGUGAUUGCGACCCCGGCCAGCGCGGGCACCGGGAACCUCGCCUUCGGCAGCGGCUUCACCGUGUCCAACAACCCCAACGACGACUU